AUGGCACUCCCUCCCAAAUUCGCCGGCCACAAACUCCUCUUCGCCCCGCCCUCCUCCUCCUACAUCUCCCCCUCUUCCGUCCCGCCCACCACGCACACGCUCGAGCUAUACCUCGACUACUGCUGCCCCUUUUCCGGCAAGCUCUUCCGCGCGCUGCGCACCGUCGUCACGCCUCUCGUCCAGGCCAACCCCGCAUGGGCCGCCAACCUCGCCGUCGUCUUCCGGCAGCAGGUCCAGCCGUGGCACCCGUCGUCGACGCUGCUGCACGAGGCCGCGCUCGCCGUCCUGCGCCUCGACCCGGCCAAGUUUUGGGACUUUUCCGCUGCGCUUUUUGAUGCGCAAAAGUCCUUUUUCGACGUCAACGUGGUGAAUGAGACGCGAAACGCAACGUAUAAGCGGCUGGCCGUCAUUGCCGGCGGCGUGGGCGUCGAUGAGCACAAGGUGUAUGAGCUGCUCGCGAUUCCGGAAAAGGCAGAGAGCGAGGAUAGGCUGAAUGUCGGGAACGGGGUGACGAAUGAUUUGAAGCUUGUUACCAAGAUGAAUAGGCUGAUUGGCGUGCAUGUGACGCCGACUGGUGUCUUUGAUGGUGUGGUGCAAGAUAUUGGCUCUUCGUGGGGCGAGAAUGAGUGGAAGGAAUGGCUCACCAAGAAUGUGAUUUAA